CGCGCGGAGCGGAAGUCGGCGGCGCGUGCGGCGGCAGGCGGCCGGGGAGGAUGCAGGCGGGCGGCGGCGCCGCCGCUGCUGGCGGCGGAGGCGGCGGCUUCGGGCCCGGCCUGGCCGAGGUGGGCCCCUUCGGCUGGUACCCGCCGCCCCUCCGCCCGCCGCUCUUCUGCCCGCCGCCUCCCCCCUGGGAGCCCGGCUUCUGGCCGCCGCACGACGGCUACGCCCCGCCGCCGUGGUACCCGCCCGCCUACCGCGAGCCCCCGCGGGGCCCGCACGCUGGUGGGAAUGGAGGGUUUCCUCACGAUUGGCAAGGAGAGCAAGCGCCCGCGUUUUGUAAGCGUUCUACGGGUGGAAACGGCAAGCAGAAGAACAAAAAGAAAAAGGAGCCGAUUUUCUCCCACUACUGUGAUACCUGUGACCGUGGCUAUAAAAACCAGGAGAAGUAUGAUGAACAUGUUUCACAACAUACACAGUGCACAGAAGAAGGCUGCAGUUUCAGUGCCCAUGAGAAGUUGGUUCAGAUUCACUGGAAGAACGUACAUGGACCUGGUGCUAAAAGAAUAAAAUUAGAUAGUCCAGAAGAGAUAGCUAAAUGGAGAGAAGAAAGAAAAAAAAAUUUUCCUACGUUAGCGAACAUUGAGAAGAAGAAGGUGAUGCAGAUGGAGAAGGAAGAAAGGGGAGAAGUCCUGACUACCCCACAGUUUGGCAAAAUGAAGGGGAUGUGGAAAGCUCCGGAAGAUGAGAGGCCUGGGCAGCAAGGAAGGCAGAGGAGGAAACAGAAACGCCAGUUCUGGAAGAAAUUUAAGAAAAAUGGUGGCGAUGAUAACGUACCAUCACAGAGAAAUCAAAACGAAGCUAAUGGACCGGAAAACAGCACGUGUGAAAAAGAACAUGAAAAGCAGCCUGUUUCGGAGGCUCAGCUGUGCAUGAAGGACGUGGACCCUCUCAGUCUUCUGGCAAACAGUGAUGUUGACUCUGACAAGGAUGAAGAAGCAGCUGAAGAUGGGAAGCUGGGGAUGACUGUUGUUCCCAAGCAGGUCACCUCAGCCCUGAGUUCGUUGUCAGCCAACUAUGGCAGUGCCUCUGAGAGUGAGCCUGAAGAAGUCUCUGUCAAGAUUGCAACAAAAGCUGAGGAAAACCAGGCUGUGCUCAGAAAUACGCCUCAAACUACUAAAGUUCAUCAGAAUCCAAAGCUGAACCAAGAACAUCCAGAAUCUGUGGACACAACGUUAAGAACCUCAAGUACAAAUGCAGGUUCCCCCAGAGGCCCUGAUAAACGGGCGAAGAAAACAUUACCUCUCCUUCCAAAGCGUCGUCCAACCCUGCUGGAAAUGUUACUGGCCCAGGACAUCCGGCACGAAAGGAAUGUUAUUCUGCAGUGUGUUCGGUACAUUGUACGAAACGAUGUGUUUGGACUUCACUUAAAAGCAGAACCUGAAGCUGGAACAGAGACUGGACAACCCUCUAAAACUACAGCAGAGACUCCGACAGACAAACUUGACGGAUCUAAUCGUUCUUGUAGCUCUGACCUUCAGUUAGCAGGAGGAGAAAAAGAUGAAUUAUUAAUAGCCCGUGGUGAGGAAGCACCCAUAGAUCAGACAUCACAGAUAAUUCACCCGGCAGAUGAGGAGACGUGGGAAACCCCAGCAAUUCAGUGCGAAGAAGCACUGUAGGAGAUAACUGCUGGACAAUAAAGCAAAGGCUCAGCUUUUCUAUCUGACACUUCUGAAAGACAUCGGUCUAACAAAAUAAUUAUUAAAGUGUAUACUGAGAACUGUUGAAACCAUGUUUCUGAUCUGCUCUGCCUGAGGUUACCAUUUCCUUCUGAAAACAGCAGCUGCGUUGAGUACUUGUGUUUCCCCAUGGCUGAAAAGCAGCAGUGACACAGUGACCUUUCCUAGAGUAGGUGUGGAUCCCUGCUUUGGAGCUUCAUUGCUCUGUUUUCCUUUGUGGACAGCAUCAGUCCGUCGCCAGAGCCAAAGCAGUGUUAGGGUAGGGUGGAUCCUCCUGAUGUGAAAUUAUGGCCUAGAGUGUUUGUGACUGAGUGUCUAGAAUUAUUUGAAUGUUCUUCUGAAGUGGUACCUGUUGCAUUUUUUCGUGUUGUUGGUCUGAAGUAUAAAUGCAGAGAUAACUGACCUGGCUCUAAAAGUACUGCUUGCACCAGGAGUCUCCCCUUCUCUGAACUAAUUGAGUUGAGCAGAGAGAUAGAAAUGAGGGUGCAGACUGAUGCAAGAACCUCUUUUUUAAAAAAUAAGUAUAAAAAAAUAAAAAUAACUGCUAACUGCU